GUGGUACUGAGCACCAAAGAUGAAACUGGGUCCCUAACACUCCCAGACUCCUGCCUUGCCUGACCAACAGGAAGAUUUGAGCUUCAGAGAAUUAAAUCAGAUCUUCAUGAUGAAGAAGGUUUUGUUCAUAGAACCUGCCAUUUUCCUUAGUGCAUUUGCGUUGUCUUUGACCAGUCCACUGACAACACAAUACAUUUAUCAAAGGAUAUGGAAGGAAACAAGCAACUAUAGCUAUAUAGAUAAUAGCAAUAUUUCUGAGUGUGAAGCAAAUAAAAGCAAUCCAAUUUAUGAACUCCAAAAGGAAGUUCAAAAGAAAGCCUCUCUUUUUAGCCUUCAGAUGGACUUAAGUGGUUUGAUUCCUGGCAUUGUGAUUACCUUCAUUCUUUUAUCCAGCAGUGACCAAAAAGGACGCAAAGGGCCUCUUAUUUUGUCUUCUAUAGGUGCUCUUGCAAGCAGCAUUUGGCUUUGUUUGCUCUCAUAUUUAGGCUUACCUAUCCAACUUUUGAUAGCAUCCACCUUAAUCAGUGCAUUUUGUGGUAAUUCAACAACUUUUUUGGGAGGAUGCUUUGCUUACAUAGUUGACCUGUGUAAAGAAGAGAAACAAAAAACUAUACGGAUAGCCAUCAUUGACUUAAUACUUGGACUUGUUACUGGAUUAACAGGACUGUCUUCUGGUUACUUCAUCAAAGAACUCGGUUUUGUGUGGUCAUAUCUUAUUACUUCAUUGGCUCUAGCCGUUAAUUUGAUAUAUAUUGUAUUUUUUCUUGAGGACCCAAUUAGUGUAUCUUCAUCUCGGGAUUCUUCCAUGUCAUGGAGUAAAAAUUUUAAAAGAUUAUUUUUGAGAGCUUAUAUGCUUUUUAAAAAUACUCCUGGCAAACAAAGGACUUUGCUCUGUUUGCUUCUUUUUACAAUGAUUACUUAUUUCUUUGUAGUAAUUGGGUCAUCUCCUAUAUUUAUCCUUUAUGAACUGAAUUCACCUCUCUGCUGGAAUGAAGUCUUCAUAGGAUAUGGCUCAUCCUUAGCAAGUAUAUCUUUUUUGACUAGUUUUCUAGGGAUAUGGAUUUUUUCUUACUGUCUUAAAGAUAUUUACAUGGUCUUCAUUGGAAUUUUUACUACGACGGGAGGAAUGGCAUUGGCAGUUUUUGCCAAAACAACCCUGAUAAUGUUGUUAGUCAGGAUUCCUUUCCUCUUUACCUUCAUGCCUUUGUCUGUUCUUCGGUCCAUGUUAUCAAAAGUGGUUCCUUCUACUGAACAAGGUACCUUGUUUGCUUGUAUUGCUUUCUUGGAGACGCUGGUUGGAGUUAUUGCAGUUUCUGCUUUUAAUGGCAUUUAUUCGGCCACUGUUGCUUGGUUUUCAGGAUUCACUUUUCUGCUCUCAGCUGGCCUUUUAUUAAUUCCAGGAAUCAGUCUAUGUGUUAUAAUGUGUACUAGUUGGGAUGAAGAAGACCGUGCACUCCUUAUAGAAGAAUCCAGGGAAGAUGUCAACUGAACCACUAUGAUUUUUUACUUAUUCAUUAGUAUUGUCAUAUGCUCUACCUCUACACUAAAUGAAGCGUUGGAGCAUAUAGUUCUCUACCACACUGUUAACUUGCUGUUCAUUAGAAAAUAAGUCCCUAUCAAUCUGGGACCAUGUUUUCAUUUUGCACUAAUUUUUAUGGGAUGCUAUCUAUAUACAUUGAGCACUUAGUAUUAUAGUGAUGCUUACAAUGAUGCUUUAAUACCAAUACAGGGAUGGAAUUUUUCAAUGAGCUGCUGCUGCUGCUUUUUAAAAAAUAUAUAUUAAAAAAGGGAUGUAAAACAUAAGGGCCCAAAGAAGCCACCAAAACCCCAAAUUGUGAAUUCCAAUCCAGUGAUGUCAGUGUUCAUCUCCUGAACAAAUAUAUGCCAUCUCUGUACCUUGGGCUUUUCAUCUGUGUUGUUUAUAAGGCAAUACUGGCCUAUCUCUCAGGGAUAUUUAGAUGAAUAAUUAAUGAAAAUAAUAAAAUAAUGUGACAUAGCAGCAUAUUCAGUACCUGCUAUGAUGUUUUAUACUGAUCUUAACAAAUAUUUAUUGAAUUUGUUUCUAUUGGCAGUUACAAUUAGGAACAAAAUCACCCCUAAAAUUAGCUAUGGUUAUGUUAUGGCUAACCCAAAUUUGGUUGUUAAAUCCAAAAUUGACAAGCUUUCUGUGCACUAUGGUAUUUAAAUUUUUUUUCCAAAAGUAUGUUUUAUUAAUAAUCUUGAUUAUACUUCUAAUUUUGCAUAUAGGAAUGCUUUGAAAAUAGAAAUGUGGGCUUGUAAAAUAAAUUUUUAAAGCAUUUUGAAAAAUAAAUUGAAAAAUGUGAAGUAA